CAGGGCUCCCUUUCUCAGGGUUCCUGCUUCCGGAUUUGCAGUGCAGAAAUUUGGCUUUCAGAUGGGGGUUGGCCAGCAGUGUUCUGCCACUUGUACCAAAGGGUCACAUUCGGAGACCUUUCCUUUGUCCAGAAGGCGUGUAGGUCCAGAUCCUCUGGAACAUGGUCCGAGCUUUGUAUUCUUUGUGCCUUCUGCACAGGCUCCCAGGAGCUUCCUGUCCGCUCUGCUGGUAUUAUGCAUAUUUCCAAAGACAUGUGGAAUGAGUGUGGCUGUGGAUUUUAAACCCAAUAUUUUACUGAUAAUGGCAGAUGAUCUUGGCAUUGGAGACAUAGGUUGCUAUGGUAACAAUACCAUAAGGACCCCUAAUAUUGACCGGCUGGCCAAGGAAGGGGUAAAACUUACUCAGCACAUUGCUGCAGCUCCACUUUGUACCCCAAGCAGAGCAGCUUUCCUGACUGGCAGAUACCCCAUCAGAUCAGGCAUGGCUUCCAGUAAUAGGUAUCGUGCCCUGCUGUGGAAUGCUGGGUCAGGAGGACUUCCUGUAAAUGAAACCACUUUUGCCAAGGUGCUGCGUCAGCAGGGUUACACCACGGGACUUAUAGGGAAGUGGCAUCAGGGUAUGAACUGUGAAGCCCUCAAUGAUCACUGCCACCACCCUUCAAACCAUGGUUUUGAUUAUUUUUAUGGCAUGCCUUUUACUCUUCUAAACAACUGUCAGAAAAACAAACCUCCCGAGUUGGAUGCAGCUCUUCAAGCCAAACUCUGGCUUUACACUCAAAUAAUUGCCCUUGCUGUGCUUACAGUUAUCAUUGGAAAGCUUACUGGCUUGAUCUCUGCCAGCUGGAAAAUAGUUGCCUGCUUUGCCUUAGCUGGCUCUCUUUUUUUCACUUCCUGGUACUCCAGUUAUGGAUUUGUGCAAUAUUGGAACUGCAUCCUGAUGAGGAACUAUGACAUUACUGAACAACCUAUGAAGUUGGAAAGGACGACUGCCCUUGUGCUUAAAGAAGCAGUUUCAUUUAUUGAAAGAAACAAGCAUGGACCAUUCCUCCUCUUCGUUUCCUUUUUACAUGUUCACAUACCCCUUUUCACCACGGAGAAAUUUCUUGGGAAGAGCAGACACGGUUUAUAUGGAGACAAUGUAGAAGAAAUGGAUUGGUUGGUGGGCAAAAUUCUUGAUGCUAUUGAAAAGGAAGAUUUGAAAAACAACACAUUCACAUAUUUUGCCUCUGACCAUGGAGGACAAUUGGAGGCUCAAGAAGGAAAAGCUCAGCUAGGUGGCUGGAAUGGCAUAUAUAAAGGUGGAAAAGGCAUGGGAGGCUGGGAAGGAGGCAUCCGUGUGCCAGGGAUACUUCGGUGGCCAGGAGUCUUUCCUGCUGACACAGUUAUUGAUGAACCUACAAGCCUUAUGGACAUUUAUCCCACAGUGGCUCACCUGGGUGGAGGGAUAGUGCCCCAGGACAGGGUAGUUGAUGGCCGGAACCUGAUGCCUUUACUACAAGGAAAAGUUCAACAGUCAGAGCACGAGUUCAUGUUUCACUACUGUGGGUCAUACUUACACGCAGUGCGAUGGCACCAAAAGGACAGUGGUGCACUGUGGAAGGCGCAUUAUGUGACCCCCAUAUUCCAUCCAGAGGGUGCUGGAGCGUGUUAUGGAAGAGGAAUUUGCCCAUGUUUUGGGGAAGGUGUAACCCAUCAUGACCCCCCUUUACUCUUUGAUCUUUCGAGAGACCCCUCUGAGGCCAAACCUCUAUCACCUCGCACUGAGCCCCUGUUUGACACAGUAAUAAGCAGAAUAGCAAGAGCUGUUCAGGAGCAUCGCCAAACGCUGACUCCAGUCCCACAGCAGCUCUCUUUGUAUAACAUUAUGUGGAAGCCCUGGCUGCAGCCGUGCUGUGGGACAUUCCCGUUUUGCUGGUGUGAUAAAGAAGGUGACAGUGCACACCCUGCUCUGUAAAAUAGGUGGUGGUUCAUAAAAUCCUGCAACUGUGAAUGCUCUGCUACAGUCAACGUGUAAUAUCAUUUCUGAAAAAUCAUGUCUCCUUUGGGCCAAAUUAUACCCUUAAAUAUGCCAUUCUACUGCUCUCUCUCUCUCUGGGGAAUAAAGAGGCUAUAAGUGGGGACAUGGCCGAUGCAAGGAUGUUUCACGCCCUAGGCAAAACUUCCACCUUGUGCCCCCCCUCGCGCCCCUGCCCUGAG